CUCAGAACUCUCUCUCUCAUUCUGACUCAGCACGGCAACAGCACGGUAACAUGGCUCACCGCCGCUUUGAGGGCAAAGAACACGCAGCUUCCUACCAGAGGUACAGGGUGUCCCCCCCACAGGAACUGAUCACAGAGAUACUGGGAUUUCUGGAGAAUAUGAAAGGAAGGCCGUUUGACCUUGCCGUGGACGUAGGCUGUGGCUCGGGACAGGGGACACUUCUACUGGCACCUCACUUUACCCAGGUGAUCGGGACUGACAUCAGCCCCGCCCAGCUGGAGGUGGCUCUGGCCAAUAGCAGCGCCCCAAAUAUCUUCUACAGGCAGUGUCCUGCAGAGGAGUUACCGUUUGCUGACGGCGGGGCAGACUUGGUGACGUCCAUGACCGCGGCCCACUGGUUCGACCGUCCACGGUUCCUCCAGGAGGCAGACAGGCUGCUGAAGCCCAGAGGGUGUCUGGCCCUGAUCAGUUAUACCCUGGACAUGGACCUGGAGUACGGACAACACUCACACACUCUUACUGACAUCUGUCAUCAGUUCUACAAGAACCUGCUGCCAUUUCGCAGUGGCCACAUAGGUACUACCACUGUCCCUCUCUACAAACAGAUGUAUGACUCAUGCCCGUACCCAGACAAAGAGUGGCAUGAGUGUCUGCGGAUGAGGAGCCCGAUGCCUCUGAGUGGCUACAUCGGCAUGGUGGAGACCUUCUCUAGCUAUCAGGCGUUGCUGAAGCAGGAUCCAGUGGAAGCCCACAAGUUCUCCCAGGCCUUCAGGAACAGGUUGCUGUCUGUGAUGGGGGAGUCGAAUCCAGACACAGAGAUCACAGUGGUGGUCAAGUAUUUCUACUGGCUGGCCUGCAAACCUGCUGCAGCCUGAUCUGGGGCAAAGAAGCAGCAAACCCUACAGACCCUCAUCUUCCCUUGAUGUUUUCUGUUGCAUCUAAUGGCAAAAUGAAAUAACUAAAAGAGGGGUUACACAUUCCAACAAACAAGACCACAUGUUACAUGCAACUUAAAUCAUUAGUCCAUCAAAGUCAAAAUGAAAAGUGAACCGACAUGAGCUCCAAUACCACCUAAAGAAGAUGUUUACGAUGUUUCAGAAUAGUCUAGAUACCCGAAGAGUUCAACCAUUUCUUGUUUUAUAAAGAAACAGCUUGUUAAAAUACAAUGCUCCCUCUGUGUC